AUGCUAUAUCUGCACGUGCCUUCUUUCUUUUUCUUUCUUUCUUUCUUUCUUUCUUUCUUACCUUCUUUCUUUCUUUCUUUCUUUCUUUCUUUCUUUCUUUCUCUCUCUCUCUCUCUCUCUCUCUCUUUCUUAAACAGCUGCCACCCGGAUGUACCCAGCCGAGAAUGUCGCUUACUCAUACCUUGCAGAGAGCUGAUAUUUUGUCAAUUUUCAACGCACUUCUCUAUCUCUUUUUUCUUCACUUCGUUUUUUUCUUUUUUUUACUUUUUUCGGUAUAUUUCAUUUGUCUCUUAUAUAAUUUUUUUUUCUAUUUCUUCUUCUUCUUCUUCAUACGACUUCUUUUCUUUUUCUUCUUUUUUCUUCCUUUUUUUUCCUUUUUUCUCCUUUUUCGUCUUCCUUUCUUUUUUCUCUGUCUUUUUCUUUUUCCUAUUCUUUUCUUUUUUCUUUUCUUCUCACGUGUUUUUCUUUUUUUCUUCUUCUUUUCUUUUUUCUCUUUCUUUUCUUCUUAUUCUUCCUUUUUCAUUUUUCUUACUUCUUUUUUCAUCUUCCUUUCUUUUUUCUUCUUACGUGUUUUUCUUUAUUUCUUUCUUCUUUUUCUGCCUUUCUUUCCUUCUUCUUCUUUUCAUCUUUUCUUUUUUCUUCUUUUCUUAA